CUCAAGUCCCCGUCCCCAGAAGAAGUGCGAGUUGUCCCAACAAAGGGAAGCGAACGGGUCAUCGAAGCGCAAGCAACAGUGCUGGUGGGAUUGGUAACUACAACGCAUGCUUGUUCCGAGUUGUUGGAUCUGUUGCCUGUUUAUCACUGCGGUGGCGCGAACGCGGUGUUGGGAACAGCGAACGCCUGCUGUCAGCAACACGCGCAGAAGACGGCAUCCUUCGCGUAUGUCCCCGAACGGCAACUGGAAUCAGAUCGGACGCGUUCGGAAAGAGAUGCACGAAGGAUGGCAUCAGGCCAGUAGGAAGCGCGCAAGGGCCAUAUCGUCACGCAACAUGGUUCGGUGGGAUUCGGUGACUUGGGCAAAAGGCCUAUGGCCUUCAGUUGCCUCUCGACUCCACCUCUUCAGGAAAAUGAUGCAGGAAGCCGAUUCGGCGAGUGAAAAUUGUUGCGUCAACGUACCACCUCGAAGUCGGCCCUGGGGAGCCGCGAAUACCACGCUCCUAGCUGUUUGGCCGUCUCAAUCCUACCAUCGCGGCGUUGGUCGCGGUAGCUCCAAAUGCCGAACCCUUGCGACGAAGAGGCGUCUUUGUCCUCCCACAUUGCUGACCACAGAUACUGUCCCGGGAGGGUAUGGCGCCGCUUUUGCAGAUGAACGCUGGAUCUGGCGGCAGUUCAAGAGUCGACCAACGCAGAACGUCGAGCCCAACCACAGCUAUCUUUAUUGUCUCGGUGGUCUAUUUGCGUGAGCUGCGUAGUCAUGGUGGGUCCGCACCGCCUGCAUUCCGUUCGCGGUCGUCACCUUCGGACAGAUACCUACCUAAAGGAGCAACAGGAACGAACCUUCAGCCGUACCCGUGACAGGCGAGGAGGGAGCAAAGCGGCCCCCAAAAGAGAGGAACGUCACUGUUUCUUGGCAGCUACCACUGUGGCAAUGUCAUUUCCGCCCGGCUUUACAAAACGACCAAGAUCCGUCUUCUGGCAAUACUGUGAGACUGC